AAGCAUAUCUGCCUUUUUGAUGAAAUACAUCAUUUUUUUAAUUCACGUGCUUUAAUUGAUUAAUUUUAAUCAUGGAUGAUUCAUUUCGUUUACUCAUAUCAAUGUCACCCAAAUGCAACAAAAAUGUAAAGCAGACAAAACGAAUUAAAGCUCCAUCAAGGUUGGCUUUGAAAAAAUCUAUAAGGAGGUCUUCUGUAUAUGAUAAACCACCCUUGGAAAAUAUAUGUAUAGCAGAAGAAAGUAGUUCUCAAUCUUCCAAAAGCUCCAGCAACAAUAUGAUUGAUGAUCUGCAAAAAAAGACAGAAGCUUUGAAUAUAUUAUCAGACACUAAAGUGCAAUCCAUUAAGAAAUGGAUAUCUGAUAUUCCUAGUGAAAUUGUUGAUGAGACUACAGAUUUUAAUAAUGUUUCAAUUUUCAGUCAAGUAUCUGCUAUUCAUGGUGAGCUGAGUAAGCCUAAAACUGAUAAUGGUCCAAUUAAUUCAACAUUCAUCAACAGUGAUACAAGAACAUGUUUUAAAUUUGAUCAAUUAUUUAAGAAAAAGACUGAUAUAGAAGUGCAUGCUGUAAAGAAAGAUAAUAAACAUUCAGAUGAUGUUAUAGAAAUUAUUGAAGAUUCUGAUGAGGAAAAUGAUAAAGACAAUAGUUUUAAAACUGCAAUAGAUAAUAGUGACAAUGCAUCAGAUAAAGAAAAUAACAAGAAUCAAAAUAACAUAGUUUUUAAUACUCCAAAACCUAUAGCUGAAUAUGAUGAAUGUGAGUCAUUAUUGGAUGAAGUUUAUGGAAAAUCUUGGAGAAAGGACAAGGAAAGGAUUUUACCUCAAUCUGAACCUAGAAUUCAUAAACCUAAAAAGUUAUAUAAUGAAAUUCCUAUGACUGAAAUUAAAUCAAGAAAAUUGUAUAAGAAUCCUUAUACAGAUGCUGAACAGAAACAUACUAAGACACUAUUACAAAAAUUGAGAGAAGAUCGUUUAAAAAACACAAUUCAAAAUUCACCCUGGAGGCAGAAAUUCAAAGAUCUUUGUGACUCAGAUACUGAUAGCAACAGUUCUGUUAAACGCACUUUACCAAAGACAAAAUUAUCAUUUGACGAUGAUGUACAACCAAAGAGUACAUCGAAAACAAAUAAAAAUAAUAUUAAAUUUGACAAACAAACUGCGAGUGAUUCGUUUAGUGACUUUUCCGAUUCGGGACUUACUUUAGAGGAAAAACUGAAAGGGAAAGCUAAAGCGAUUCCUAUAGAAAAACCAAAAUCUAAAAUUACUAAGAAAAUAACAAAACCAAGAACAUUUGUAAGUUCUAAUGACUCUUCUGACAGUGAUAAUCAUUUAGUAAAUGAAAAAGAUAAAAGAUAUGUAGACAAAACUAAAAAUACACCUAGGCCUAGACAAUUAUCAAUUUCAUCUGAAUCUAGUGAAAAGAGCUGGAGCGAUUUUUCCAGUGAUAGCGGCGAUGUAGCGGAUAAACCAAAGGGAAAGUCAAAUGAUUUCCAUAAAUCGAAACAGUCACAAACAGGACCAGCUAGUUUUUUAGCAUCCUUGUCGAAAAGUGUUCCAGAUAGUCGGUGCGAUGCAUCGGCGAGAAUUUUCAGGAAUAAUUACAAGACUUAUAAGGAUCAAUUGCUCCAGAAACUAUUCAAAUUAUACAAUGAAAAGAUAUUUGGGAAUGCCAUAUCGGAAGAUUCUCCGAUCGAGUGGAGUGAUCGGAUGACCGGCACAGCUGGAUAUUGUGUUUGUAGAAAAAUCACCCACAAAAACGGAAAGAUUGAAAGAAAAGUUAGGUUUAAAUUAUCUACGAAAAUAUUGGACUCUGCUGAUAGGCUACGGGACACAUUCGUUCACGAGUUGUGCCACGCGGCCACUUGGUUAGUGAAUGAAGUUUCCGAUGGACAUGGGCCCUUCUGGAAGUCAUGGGCCUGUAAAGCUAUGCGUACCUUUCCGGAAUUACCAGCUAUCAAGAGAUGCCAUGAUUACACUAUAAACACUAAGUACACAUACAAGUGUAUGGGUUGCGGCUACAGUUUUGGUCGACAUUCUAAAUCUUUGGAUUUGGAGAGGAAACGCUGUGGACAUUGUUACGGAAAAUUCGAAGUCUUGAUAAAUAAAACAACAAAAAAUGGGGAGACGAAAUCUGUACCUAGCGUUAAAAAGCAACCGAACGGAUUCGCAUUAUUUGUAAAAGAAAACUAUUCCAAGUACAAAACUGACAACAUGAAAAAUAAGGACGUAAUGAAACUCUUGGGCCAGAAAUUCAAGGAUCUGAAAGUGGAUCAGAAAAGCAAAUGAGUUUUUAUAUGUGAUUUUAAUGUGUAUUGUAUUUAUUAUAAUUUUAUUAUGUUUGCACAUAAUAAUACAG